UCCAACUUCUAAAAUUGUCCCAUCACCGAAGACGAGGAAGCUUUUUGGAUAAUCGUCUCAAAAGAACAAAACGAGCUUCUGAAUAACUCUAUUUCUGUGAUAUUCCUGCGUAACACUACGGAUGGAGAGCUGGUCUAAGGAGUAAAAUAUCGCGGUACAAAGUUCUUCGGAUUUCUUUUCUUUAUACCCGUGACCUACUAAUUUCCACCGCUGCUGACAGGAACAUCAGACAGUUUUAAGAGGAUAAAAUAGCACGGCUUUGCCGGAUUAUGGACCUAGAACUGUAUCAUACAGAUUUCGGGAUGGAGAAUGUGGAAUUUUUCGCUAACGAGUCUAAAAAGAAGUUCUGUUCUCCCAUCAGAGUGUCUAAGAUAUUGUAUGGUGCUGCACUGACGAAGGAAAUCGACCGACUCAACCAUCUGAUGGCGCCAACGGAGUCACACGAGGACCACCGAGUCCCGACUCUACAGAAAGUCCCGUCCAUGUCCGAUCUGUCCGAAGAAAGUCUUGAUUUGCCCGCUACACAGGGGGUGCCGCCUCUUACUCCAGGGACGACCCAGAAGAUGUCUCAAGCUCUAAUGGAGAGCUUUAAAGCUUUUGAAAAAGAACAAAGUCGGUUGAACAUCCCAAAAGACCCACACCAGUGGUCUCAGCUGCACGUUGUCCAAUGGCUGACGUGGGCCGUCCAGGAGUUCAGUCUGGAGGGAAUCAACAUGUCUAACUUCACCGUCAAGGGCAACCACCUCUGUAAGAUGGACAAGGAAGAGUUUCUUGGCAGAUGUCCGCCAUUUGUCGGUGAUAUUUUGUGGGAACAUCUUGAUAUUUUACAGAAAGAUGUGCUUCAUGAGCAGUCUCUGCUAUGUAACGUCCCGCCCAACUACAGCGAGACGGUGUGCGUACCGGAGUUCGGGGAGCGAUAUCUACAGAGCCAGCACAGUUUCAGUGGUUCUGAGUCAAAUAUUUCUCCUCCAGUGUCUGCCAGUCAAAAUUACAUGGAAGGUUCGUACGCGGUCUCCGAGUCGAUUCAGACGCUGACGGACAUGAGCAGUACGAACCCCACGAGUUUCGACGACACGUCCGACUACCAGAACCUUGAGCCGACCAACUACUACGACCAAAGCCCGACCGACUUCUAUUCCAUGAUCCCCGAACAGAAGUUCUGUCCGCACAUCCACAACAAGAACAUGUGUAGCAGAGGUCAGUACCUGCCUGAAACGCCGCCUCAAGACAAUUACUAUGAGCAGCAGUCGUACCAGACGGUUCCCAGUAUUAAGACAGAGAUUCCAUGGUCCACCCAGGAAUACGGUCAGGAACUCGGAGACAACUGGUCCGCGACCGGCACUAGGUUCCAGACUCUUCCAGAAAGCAGCAGCACCACUGAUCAAGGCAAACCAAUGAUCCAAGCGGCAGCUCUUGCUGGUUAUUCAGGAAGUGGUCCUAUUCAGCUGUGGCAGUUUCUCCUCGAGCUACUGACGGACAAAACGUGUCAGCACUUUAUCAGCUGGACGGGGGACGGCUGGGAGUUCAAACUGUCCGACCCCGACGAGGUCGCUCGGCGCUGGGGCAUCCGCAAGAACAAGCCUAAAAUGAACUACGAGAAGCUGAGCCGCGGGUUGCGAUACUAUUAUGACAAAAAUAUCAUUCACAAGACCGCCGGCAAGCGGUACGUCUACCGGUUCGUGUGUGACUUACAAAGUCUUCUUGGAUACACGCCCGAAGAACUCUUCGAGGCUUGUGAUAUUAAGCCACAGAAGGAUAAGGACGACGAUUGAACUGGUCGUCGUGGAAACCAGGACGGAAAUAAAAACAAGUUGUUGAGUGGAAAUGCAAAAUGAAAUUAAAUUUUGUUUGUGUUCCACGUAUGUCUGUCUGUCUGUCUGGUCAAGAAAAAGAAGAAGAAAAAAAAAUUUAACAGUUUUGAUGGACUUCUUGAAUGAAGUUACGACUGCAGUCGGAGACCAGUUUGGUUUAGAAAAAUUGACUGGUUGAACUUGCGAUGGUGUAUUUCUGUAUACGGAGAAUAAAGAAAGAAGUUUGGACGAUUUUUUAAUUCAAAAAGAAAAAAGAUAAGACAGAAUGGAGUGAUAGGAUUUGAUUAUGGUGCAAAGUUUUUGACUGACUUGGCUGGCUGCAGUUUGAGUUUGUGGGCCCAAACUGCUAAGUUGAUAAACAGGAGGUUGGAGAGUUAUGAAAGGGGAAAUAACUUAGUGGCCACGGCAAUGAUGGAUUAAAGUGCUGUUGUUUCUGAAAUCAUGUUCAGAUAAAAUAUCUGUUCUACUGAACAGUGGGAGAACAAAAAACAUUAUUACUGUAUAUAUUUUGCAAAUUAUUAUUAAUUUGAACAAAUCACUUGGAACAACUAUUUUCCUACUUAGCAAGAUGUAUUGGAAGAAUAUUUGUGUUUUUUGUGAGAUGCAUUUUGCUACUUGUAUUAUAUAGUGCCUGUGUAUUUUUAUGCAAAAGAGCUUAAGAUGUUUUGUAUUUUUUUAAUUAGUUGUCCAUCGUAAAUAUAGUUAUGCUAUUUUUCAGGAUGUUGUUAAACUGUGCCUUUCGUUAUGUCGGAUGAAAACAUUUUCACCCAUUUCUCAUCACUAAAUAUGUUUGCGCAAUGUCAACAUGGUGAGCUAAUUCUAUAGCUUAAUUUUGGGAAGGAUGUUGACUUACUAAAUAGCAUAGUUUUGUUAAAAGCAUAAAACUGCCCAUAUUUAAGAAAAAUGCUGAUAUAAUAAAGUUAUUUUUUUCGUAGAUAAAA